GCGUACUGAAUAAAAUAGAAAAUGUCAAUAAAUUAUCUCUCUUUAUAUGUUUUAAACAGAACAAGGAAGUGUAAGCUACAUUACAAUUCCUUAGAAAACAAGAUAUAUUUUUGUUGACAUUGACUUCAUAAACUGUCUUCAAAAAACAGGAAUAGAAAAAAUCAAAGUGUUUCUUUUCGACCAAUGUUUCUAUGGAAGUGUCUGGAAGAAGGGACAGAAAGGGAGAUUUCACGUCAUCCCUUUCCCGUAGUUCUGAUGAUGCAGACCAGAUAUACUGUCUACCGUGUAAACAAGAUGGAUCUUGGGUACCAGCCUACGGAUACUGCAAGGACUGCGCAAAACAUCUGUGUGAAACAUGCUACAAGAGUCACAGGACACCAGCACCAUGUAGGAACCAUAUCCUCCUAGGCAAGACAAAAAUGCCAAAUACCUUAAGUCCAGGUACUACUUAUCUAGACUUAACAGAAACAUGUGAUCAACAUCAUGGUAAAGCCAUAGAAUAUUUUUGCAAGGAUCAUGAAUCCUUAGGCUGCAGUCAAUGUAUGACGAUGAGCCACAUAAAUUGCAAACUAGACUACAUUCCAGAUGUUUCCAAGAACUACACAGCAAGCUCUCAGUACCAGUGUCUUCUAAAAUCAUUGCAAAUUUUACAUGCAAAUUUGAAAGCAAUCAAAAUCUCAAUACAGAAGAAGAAACGCAUUCAAGAAAAUCAGGAUAGAAUUAAGGAAGACAUUAAAAAGUUUAGACAAGAAAUCAAAGCUACACUAGAUAAAUGGGAAGCUCAGCUCUACAAAGAUGUUGAUAGAGUCUUUUCCAGAGAAGAUCAGAGGACAGAUUCCACACUAUCUCAAUGCCACGAAAUGACAAUAAACAUUGAAACACAGCAAAGGAGCUUCAGGUCGCUCGAACAAGACCAGAAAUACAACAUGUUGUUCAUACAUGGCAUGAAAAAAGAAGAUUCAGGGUACACGAAAAUCGAACAAAAAUUGAUAGAAGAAACCAAGUUAAGAGUUACAUAUUUCAACCAAACCAGGCAAUCAAAAAUCUACUGAAGACAGAGGAUACACUAGGAACGUUAUUCAACACUGAGGAGGAGUCCAAACCUAAACAAUUACAAAGCCAGGCUGCAGACAAUAAAACAGCAUUAGCCAUGCGCAGUCAGUUGCAGCCAAGACAUCAUGCAAGCGUGUCCGCUUCUGACAUCUCUGUUACUCUAUUAGAUCAAAUUAAUGUUAAAACCGUCAGCGAUGAGCGUGGUUGCAGCAUAACAGGACUUGCAGUAACUGACACAGAUCGACUUGCUGUCGCUGACUACUAUAACCACACCAUUACGAUUAUUGAUGUGAAGCAGAAGACAAUUGUUUCUGAGCUGAAAAUGACAUCAAGACCAUGGGACGUAACAUUGUUACCAGAUGAAGAGCUUGCAGUUACACUUCCGCAUGAAAAUUCGAUACAAAUUUUGUCAUUUUCUAAUGGUUUAUCAAAAGUCAGGCAACUGACAAUGAAUGACGCAUGCUAUAGAUUAGCUUUUAUUGAGGGAAGCAUGAUAGUUGGGAUGAGAGGUGGAAAAGUAAAGAUAGUAAAAUCAGGGAACAUUUUGAAAACCCUGGUCUUUGGUGAAGCAGAUGAUGUCAGAUAUAUUACAGUAUGUCCAAAGUUAAGAUAUAUCUAUGCUUCAUCUGGUAGGAGUGUAACUCGUUUCAAUAUGUCCGGCGGAGCUGUAAGACGAUUUAUGCCUACAUUUGAAAGCCUAAGGACGCAAGAUGGACUAGCUGUAUUGAAAGAUGGUUCUAUAUUGGUAUGUGACGUUAGUAACAGAAGCAUUCACCUGAUUUCAGAAAAUAUGAAUUUCAGCAGGAUGAUAAUGAAGGAAAAAGAUGACCAUAUGAAACCGUUCUGUAUGGCGCUUGAUUAUGAAAAGAAGAAACUGUAUAUAGGUAGCGGCACUCGAUGCAACUACCUAAAUGUGUAUAGUCUAAAAUAAGGUAGCUCUUCGUCAUUCAAAGUUAAAGUAACUACAAUAGACUGAGACUGUUUUUGUAAUUGUAAUAUUCUAGAGAUCUGUCCUAUUGUAUGUAGUAUGGACAUUGUCCAUUGUUAUUAGUUUUUUAUCGACACCAAAACACUUAUCCUACAACAAUCAAGACAUAUACCAGUAUAUUACCAGGACUAGAACAUCAGGUAUUCAUAAGGAAGAGCAUUGUGCCAUAUACAUUACAUGUACCGAGAGCUACAUUACAUAGAACUUUUUUUUGCUAUUUUGCUAUGUUCACUUAACCGGGGCUGGAAUAACUACCGCAAGCAUUUACUACAGUUGUGUCACUAACUUAAUUUUGUUCUCUGUCACACAAAGUUUUUGGGAGUUUAUUUUUUUCUAAAACUAAUCCAUAUACCUCUCUUUCGUAUUAUCACUGAAUUUUUAUAUAGCAUACUCUAUGAUACAAUACUCUAUGUGCGUUUAUAUCUGUCUAUACAAUUCUAUUUUGAUCAGGCUUUGCUUAUCCGAUUUAUUAAUUAUUUUGUGAUUCGAGAUGAUUUAUUUCGACAUACAAGAUCAGGUUUCAGAAAAAUACGAUUAAAAUUUUGUUAGCAAAAAUAUUAAACAAGAGACCCAAAUCAUUCAAGACCGUCCAAGACAUGUCUAUAUUUCUAUGCUUCUAUACUCUCAAUAUUAGCUUCCCAUCCAUUUGAAAGAAAUGUAUAACAGAAUUGUUGACAAAAUCUAAUCUACGAAGCUAUGUAUACUGAUGUAUAAAUGAAGUAAAUCCUAUUUUCCUGUU